UGCAAGAACCAUUAUAUCGUGUUGAAACAGGAAAUUAUGAAUAUAGGUGAGAAAAAGAUCGAUUUUGCCAUUUAUUAAUGUACUGCUGAGAGAAAUUCAUUUACUCUAGAAUUUUGAGUCAUGCACAAGGUCUUCGAGUCUAAAAAAUGUAUUAGAUAGAUCACAGCACAAAAAAAAUUUCUUAGAAAUACCAUCAUUUUUUAAGUUAUCAAGUGUUCUUUUUUGUUUGUCGGACUACGAUGACUAACAAAUGUUUCUGUAUUGAAAAAGCGAAACAUUGUAGAUCGUUGCUUUUUUAUGCAUUUCAUUCUGAAAUUCAGUACGUAAUUUUGAUGCUGAAUUUGUUUUUCGAAUAGAAGAGCUACUGUUUAUCAAUUAUAGACUAAAAUAAUUGCACUAGAAUGACUUUCAAUGGAUUUAACGUUAAUUGUAAUUUGGUUCGUGAAAAUAAGCGUGAUAUGAUAUUAUCUUUUAUUUUAUAUUUAGAUUAAUAUUACGUUGUCGACAAUUGGCACGCGAACGUUUUGCUAAACUACGUGUCGAUGUGCUGGUCAAAUUGGAAUUACUUGAUCAGAAACAUGUUCAAGAUAUUGUGUUUCAAUUACAUCGAUUCAUAACCGCUUUAGACAAAUAUCAUAAAGAUUGUUACGAAACAAUGAAAGAAGCCGACAUAUUCCCAAUUGAAGUUGAUCUCACGCUACCAACAAUGAAACAUUUAACAAAUAACGGUCAGGAAGAUGAUGAAGAGGAAGAAGAAUAUGUAGGCGAGGAAAAUGAAAAUGAUUACGGAAUAGAUCAAACACAAAACACCAAAGAAGAUGUUGAUCUGCUGAAUAUUAAUUAA